AAGUUCCACAUGCCUGAGGGUUCCAAGGAAAAAAAGGAAAAUCCUCUACUUAACCCUGAGAGGUUUAGUAGGGUCUUAAGGGAGACCAGUCCCUCACAAGGAGAAGGUCACCCUUCGGGCAAGACCACAGAGUCACCAACCAUUAAGCUGAUGGAAAAACAUCAAGGAACUAAGACCCUUUCCAAGACGUUCAGAGGAAUGAGCUGGCCACUGGACACUCGCCCUCUGAACAAAAGCUUAGUCAAGGACAACACAUGGAGGGAGGCGGAUGCAACCCAAGAGAAGCGCAGGUCUUUCCUGCAGGAGUUUUGCAGGAAAUACGGUGGAGGGAGCCAUCCUCAGUCGCAUCUCUUCCACAUGGUGUCCAGGAUCUAUGUGGAAGAUAAACACAAAGUCUUAUAUUGUGAAGUGCCGAAGGCUGGCUGCUCCAACUGGAAAAGGAUUCUGAUGGUCCUGAAUGGUUUGGCUCCCUCGGCCUACAACAUCUCCCAUGACGCCGUCCACUACGGGAAGCAUUUGAGAAAACUGGACAGCUUUGACCUAAAAGGGAUACACACUCGUUUGAAUACCUACACCAAAGCCGUGUUUGUUCGUGACCCCAUGGAGAGGUUAGUGUCAGCCUUCAGGGACAAAUUUGAACACCCCAAUAGUUAUUACCAUCCGGUAUUUGGGAAAGCAAUUAUAAAGAAAUACCGGCCAAAUGCCUGUGAAAAAGCCUUCAAUAAUGGCUCUGGAGUCAAAUUCAAGGAGUUCGUUCACUAUUUACUGGAUUCCCACCGUCCGGUAGGAAUGGACAUUCACUGGGAGAAGGUCAGCAAGCUCUGCUACCCGUGUCUGAUCAACUACGAUUUUGUCGGGAAAUUUGAAACUUUGGAAGAAGAUGCCAAUUACUUUCUACAGCUGAUCGGUGCCCCCAAAGAGCUGAAAUUCCCCAACUUCAAGGACAGGCACUCUUCCGAUGAAAGAACCAGCGCUCAGGUGGUGAGACAGUAUUUAAAGGAUCUGACCAGAACCGAGAGACAAUUAAUCUAUGACUUCUAUCACUUGGACUACUUGAUGUUUAAUUAUACCACUCCAUUUCUGUAGUUUGCAUUCAUGUUCUAAAACACUGUAUUUACUUCAUGAGGACAGCCUUGAAUCAGCUAACUGUAAUUUUCCUAUAAUUCUCCAUAGGGGAGAGAUUUAACUAAAUGCAGUUGCCUUGAUUUAAUGAAGACUUUUACCAAAUAGUAUGACACCAAUUGGCACAAAGUUAUAGGAAAAUUACCUCAUAGAGACAUGUGAACAACUCGGGUUACUCUAAAAUGUUUGGGAAAGAGCUGCUUUUGCAUUAUGGAUCAGAUUAUAGAAGCAAUAACCCAGCCAGCUGCUCCAUCCGCUGUAGCAGACCCCACCACGACAGGAAGAGGGAUCUAAAAUAGCAUGAGUGGAUGUCUCCAUCCUGGAUUGGUGGCAUAACGUGCAUGGAUAUAUUUCUAGCAAUCUGAGGCAUAUGAAUCAAACCCUGGCUAGUUUUCUUAUACCCUGGAAAUCUUUCAAUCAACUGCAAUGACGAAUUGAUUUUGAAAUGGCAUUUGGGGCCUGGGCGUUUCACUUUAGAUUGGGAGGCAUUGUGUGAUUUACAAUAUGAGAAUGCAGCAGACACACCAGAUGAGGCUCUGGCUUUCUAUAUUCAACAGCCAAUAAAAAAUGCACAACAUG